AAUUUCAAGAAGAAGACUGUCGGCAGUUACUAUAGGUAGUGAACGGGCCACAAUCCCGUCACCAACUACUAACGAAGACAACAACAAGAACUCUUCGACGAUCCUGCGUUUUGUGAAUCCAUUUCGUAAACGCCUCGCUCGUCAAUCUUCUUUUCAGAAUGUAUGUCCGGAAAAGAAAGACAUUGGGAACCACUGCUUCUAAUGAAAGGUCUGGUGGCAAAGAUUCGCAUAGAGACAGCUCUAGAGGUCAUGCUGCUGAAGUGAACCAAAGAGAUUAUCAGAGUCGUAAUGUAUCUGAGAGAGGAAGUUUGCCUUACAGUUCGGAAAGCAAGUCUAAUUGGUCAUCACAAAGAUCUCAGGAUAAUAGGCAUAUGGAAACGCAAAAGCCCCCACCUUUCAAGCCACUUAUAAAUGAACCUGUAGAAAGAAGAGAGAGAUUUUCUGACAGGAGAAAUGCUGACUUUAAUACGGAUAGGGGUUAUCAAAAUAAAAGUGAUAAUAUUUACAACAGUAGUAGGACACCUUAUGCAGAGCAUCAUGACAGGCGGGAUCCUUAUGACCAAAGGGGAAGUUCAAACAGAGGCAAUUAUAUGGAAUCCCAGAGAAGAAAUGAAGGUGUUGUCAUCAAAUCUGCCUUGGAAAAGAUAUUUAAUACAGACUUUAGGUUUGGCAAUACCCCUUUUGCUAAUGUAGACAGAGUUGAUGAUAGGUGUGGUAUGAAUGCACAGAGAGGAGGAAAUAACAAUAGCCAAAUGAAUCAGGAUGAUAUUUCUUACUCUGGUAGAAGGAAUGACUCGUACUAUUCAGAUCGAAGAGAUGAGCCCUACUAUUCAGAUAAGAGAGAUUAUGGUUACUCUGAUAGGAGACGUGAGUCCUCCCCUGAAAGAAGAGGACAUUCCUUUUACUCGGAGAGAAGAGGGGAUUCAUAUUCUGAAAGGGGUCAUGGAUCUUACCCAGGUAGAAGAGGUGGUGAACCUUCUCCAGAGAGAGGAAAUUUUGAAUAUUAUCAAGGUCGAAGAGAAAGUGACUCAUAUCCUGCUAGAAGGUAUGAGGCUCAUUCUGAUAGAAAUGAUAAUUCCUAUGCUGAUAAAGGUUAUGCUGCUUAUCGAGAGAGAAGAGAUGGUGAUUCCUUUAGUGAUAGAAGAGGUUCUGAUUAUUAUCCAGAGAAAAGAAAUAGUGAUCCCUACCCAGAUGGCCGAGGUCCUCCAUAUGCAGAUGGAAGAGGAAGUGCUUCAUAUAUGGAUUAUGAAAGAAGUAACAUGUCUUAUAAAGAGCCACACAGAGGGGCUGACAUUCCAUUCAUGAAUUUGGAAAGGGUUAAUAAUUCUUAUGUGGAUCAACAGAGAAGGGAGGAUUCUUCAUUCGAGUCUUGGCGAAAACAAGAUAGUGACUCCUAUUUGGAUAAACCAAGGGGACGUAGUUACUCUAUGAUGAAUGUUGCAAUGGAAGAAAGUAUUUCAUAUGAAAAUGAGAAGAAAAGAAGUAAAGGUUCUGUUAAAGGUCAGCGGGCAGAUGAAGGUAGAUCCUUUAUAGAAAAACCUAGGAGAAGCAGUCAAGGUGAUGGUCUAAAACUCCCUAGCAAAGAUGAAAAACAAGCAGCCAUGGGAAUAUUAAAAAAAGUAUUGGCAAAACAGCAAAAUUCUAAAUCUCAGAGAGAAUUACCUUCUGCUGAGCUAGAUCAUGAUGGGAUCCAGAAUUCUGAAAGUAGUGGUGACCUUGGUAAUCGCCAUGGCCACCCAUCCAAGAGAGGUGGUGUUCAAAGCAGUAUUAGGAAAGGUUAUCAAGGUAGGAAGCGGUUGCGAGGAAAGCGACCUUUGGAGACCAACAGUUCACCACAAAACAAGAAACCAAGGAUUUCUGUUUUGUCCAGGCUUGGUCCAAAGCUUGAAACUGCAAGUAAAGAAAUAUUUUCAAGGUUAGGAUCAAAACCAGGUGUCAAGUCAAGGUUAGGACCAAGGUCAUUCCCAAGCAGUUUACCUGGACAAGAUAACAGUGACACUGGCGAGCUAAUUGGACAGAAGAAGUUUACUCACAAGGACUGCGUGAAAAUGGGAAAGAAGUAUAGUAAGCAUUUGUCGGUGACAGUUUUGAGGUGCAAUAAAUGCAAAAGAAGUAAAUUCCCCAGUGUACAAAAAUACUUACUACACCAAAUUGAAGAACAUCAUGAACAAAUAGAUGCUUCAUACCACAAGAAAAUUGAAUGUCUUUACAAGUAUCUGCGAAAUGAUGCUCAGCUUUCAUAUGUAAGAGAAAAUGGAAUGGUACAAUCUAGAAGAGCUGUCAUGUGUGAGAUUUGUGGUGUACUUGAGAAAGGAAAUGCACCACAUUUGAAAAAUAUCAACUGCAGGGUGUUUCAUGAGUUUGCCAACCCCAGCAGAUGCUGCCAGUUUGGUAGAUAUUCAGACAGAUCAUUCUUUGAGAAUCACAUUCACUCUCUCACUCACUUUGUGAAAAAAUCUAAGAUGUUGGGUAAGAUUCAGCAAAGAUACCAGAGUGAAAAAGCAAAGUUGGAGUUAAUGAAGAAAUCUUACUUGAAUGGUGUUAGCAUUACGAAAACAAAAUUCCUACAUGAAGUACUAUGGAGGGAAGCAAAAGUCUGUGAACACUUUGGAGAAGUUGCAGUUCCUAAGGAAGUAUCGUCAUUGUUGCAAACCUUUGAAGAUCUUGCAGAACCUCUUCCAGAUGGGAAAGUCCUUACCAGAGCAAAGAAAUUGGAAACCAAGUAUUAUGAUCCAUCAAAUGUCCAUGGGAAGUAUCAAAUCAUCUUUGAAACAAACUUCAAAUGUGAGCUUUGUGGUAUUGUUUUGGAAAGAUCGCAGCAAAGCUUAAUUGACCAUUGUUCAACAAAAGAGCAUUAUGACAAUGUGGUGAAGGAGCAGCAAAGGUUGAGAGAGAGUGCAUCAGAAGUAAAAGUAAAAGAAGAAAAGGUUGAGGUUACAGAAACUGAGAAUGGUGGCAGUAAGGAGAAAGAAGCUUCUGAAGAAGCUUCUGAAGCAAAGAAGGAAGAAAACAACAGUCAGCAAGAGAAGGAGGAUGACAAUGAUUUUAAUGAUACUGAAGUUUAUGGUGAUCAUCACAAUGGAAAAAUGAAGAACCAGGCACAAAAAGAAUUUGUUGCAGAGAAAGAAGAUGACAAACCUGCCUCUAAGAAAGUAGAUGGAGGGAAGAACAAAAAUGUCAAAGAAAAUGAGAUAGACGAGAUUAAGGAAAAUGAGCAACCUGAAGAAAUCGAAGAUGUAUUGGGUGAAGAAAAUGAGAAACAGGAGGAUGAUGACAUUGACAUAUACAGUGAUCCAUAUGAAGGUGGUGAAUUGUUAGAAGGCGUUGAAGAAAGGCAAGAAGUUGGAUGUGAUAAUGAAGAAUAUGGUGAAGAUGGUAAUGCUCAAGAACAGGAUGAUGAAGAAGAAGCAAAUGAAGAGAAUUCCAGUGAUAAUGAUGCUGAAGUCUGUUGACUUGGAAAUAUCUUACAUAUGGACCUAUAACGUGCCCAAAAGAAUGAAGAGUCAUUCACAGUGUAUGGGAAAUAUGAAAACUGAAGAGAAUUUGAUGAAGAGAAUAAGCAGAAAAACAUUGCAGGUUUCCCUUAUGUAAUGCCAGGCCUGAAAUUAAAAGACAACCCACACCAAUAUCUUUUAAAAAGGUGAAGCCCACAUGUUGGUGUUCCUCAAAAAAUAGUAAACUGUUUUCCUGAAGUAAUUGUGAAUUGAAGUUUUAAGAUGGAAAUCUAAUCACCAUAUUGACUGCAAACCUUGGUUUUCUGUGUACCUUUAUUGCUGAUGGUAGAUUGAAAUGAGCAUCAGAAAAUUUCAAUUUAAAGUAGUAGUUAGGCAAGGGUGUAGUUAUAGUUUCCAGCAGAUUUGCUAAAGUUCCAGGAAUUUAGUAGCUUUGGUCAGUGUAUGCAUGAGUAACAUGAUGUAGCCAUGAUUAAGUAUGUUAUAACUACCAGCAGCUUGCCUCUGCACUAUUGUUAAAAGCUCAAUUCAUUCUAUAAUUUUUUUCUAUGUUCUGGAACUUGUAUACAAAAUCUCUGCAAUUUUUUAAAUGAUUACCAAUUUUGUUCUUUUUACUCUGGUAUUUUUGAUUGAGGUUAUUUAACAAUCUCAUCAGCCCCACUUUACAGUAAUGUUUUAUUGUAUUAUUGUAUUUUAUUCUCAUUUUAGCUAAUGUUAUCUAGAACAUAAGCAUGUACAGGAUACUGACCAAGCCAGAAGACGAGAUUGACAAAGCGAUGAGAACAAUGGUAGGAGCAGGGAGAGGUUAGGCUAGGAUAAGAGAGUACUGAAUGAUGAUUCCUGUGAAGUGAGUUAUAAAAGGCAGUGGUUGUUUUUUUAUAUGUACUGCCACCAACAGACAGUUUGUUCAGCUGACAAUUUGGAUGUUGAUUGCUGCUGACUGGUCCACAGAAAACAAUGAAACUUUGGUGAUAUUAGUUAUUCUGAAGAUUGAUUGAGGAUCCUAGAUGAAAAAGUUUGGCAGUGUGCCAAAUGCCACUGAAUGUCAGUUGGUUAUUUGUAGCCAAGAACUGACAUUGGCAGGAUAACUCUUUAUUAAAGGAGCCUAAGAUCAAGCCUUUAGUUGAUGCCAAAGUUUGUAAUCAUCACAGAGGGAUAGUAAAGUGUUAGUGGCAAAUGGAUGUGGUGGAAGCAGUGGAGUAAUCAUUAAUGAUGGGAGUUAAACCAAUUUUUUGGCAAAUCAGUGCUAAUAGUAGUGGCUGCAGCCUUUAGAGCAGCAUGAGGUUAGAUCAACAGGAUGGCAGAGAUUGAUCAGGUGGGAGUAUUGUAACAAUUGACUAACUGAACAAAUUAAGUAUCAGAAGCUUGCAGUGGGUUGAUGAUACUUGAUGGUCACCUGAGAAUGAUGCGAUAAGAAUUAGGUGAAGAUUCUGUGUAGGUCUAAAAUUUUAUAUACUUUGUCAGACAAUCAAAUGAUGAUUUAUUGAGGUAUAGUUGGUUAUAGGUUCAGUGUGGUAAAGGAUGGCUUCUUGUUAGUGCCCUAUCAGUAAUUGAUAUAUUUGAUGAUUAAUGUUUAAGGGGACCGUCCGCUAUGAUGUCUAUUUUUUUUAUUUAUUACAUAAAAUACAUAAUUUUCAUAUAUGUUUUAGAUAUGUAUAAUACCUUCAUCAUAUAAAAA